UCAUCUAAACCCUCCACUCUCCACUCUUUCCACCAUCCAAUGGAGCAUUCUCUUCCAACUAACGCCAACCCCGACGCUCCCUUCCCAUCUUCCACUCCCUCCUCGUCCACCGGAAGCCCCUCCGGCGAUGCCGCCGGCGCCGAUCAGACGGGCCCCCACGGCGCUCUUUUCUUGGUGCUGGGAUACCUCCGGUUGCCGGAGCUGUUGGCGUUCCAGAGGGUGUGCAGGCUGUUCAGGGAUGUGAUCGACGGCGACUCGCUCCUGUGGCAGCACAUCGCCGUCGAGCCGCCCUUGAGCGGGAAGCUCACCGAUGAUGCCCUCUUGAAGGUUACAGCGAAGGCGGAAGGAAAGUUGAAAUCUUUGGCUCUGUUGGAUUGCUGGAAGAUCACCGAUGCCGGGCUCCUGCAGGUCGCCGAUAGGAAUCCUGGCGUCACCAAGCUUUAUGUCCCUGGAUGUGUAUACUUAAGUGUUGAUGGUGUCAUGAAAGUAGUGAAGCGACUUUUUGAGCGCGGAGGCAAUUUAAAGCAUCUUCAACUACGUGGUAUCUGCAACAUAACAAAAGAACACCUUGAUGUCCUUAACUCUUUGUUGUGCAAAAACAAUCCACGCCAAAUUUCACAACCAUCCUUCUACAGCUACUGGCGCAUUGUCUCAUUUAAUAGUGAUGAUGGCCGUCCAGUUGAUGUUGAUAUGUGCCCCAAAUGCAAGAAUGUGAAUCUGGUUUUUGACUGUACAAGGGAGAACUGCAGGAUGAUGAAAUCUAGGUGGAGGGAGUGCAGAGGGUGUUUCUUCUGCAUUGCAAGGUGUGAGGAAUGUGGAGGUUGUAUUGACUUUGAGGAAUCUGGCGAGAAGGCUAUUUGUUUGCAUCUUUUGUGUCUGCAGUGUUGGCUGCGUCGUCCAAAGUGUAAUAUGUGCAACCUUCCGUAUUGCAAAUGGCAUGCAAACCUCUUUGGUAGUUCUUCCAUGUCUGCUGGGUUCAUAUGUGAUCAGUGCAGGGAAUUGGAAAGCUCAUCCUAUCAUUCAGCUAGUAGUAACUGGGAAACCUUUGCUUGACGAUCACCCAGACCUUCGGCUGGGUUGUUUCCAAGCAUGAUCUGGUCAGGUAAUUAGAAAAUGAACAGGCAGUUUCCAUUCAUAAACUGAGCGGAAGAAAUGCACCGGUGACCAGGUUACCCCAACCUGAAGGGCCGGGCGGUUGGCAGACUAUGAUGUGAACAGCUUAGGAAAGAUGAUCCAACUGUCAUUGUUCUCGAGGAAUGUUCGCAGCAUGAUUUCUUUGUGAUGCUUUUCUUUAUGUUAGAACAGUAAAGGAUGUAACUUUCCAAAGCACAACUUGUAAGGAACAUUGGGAUCAGCUGUUGCUUGUAAUAUGUGAGAGCAAUGACAUGAUUUUUUCCAUCUUAUUUUCACAUUGAUUAUCAAUCUAACUUCAUUGAUUUUGUUUCUCUUCCUUUA